UUCUUGGGAGGAAACAGCCAGAAAAGUAGUUGCUUGACUUGCAACGAAAAAGAAACGAACAAAAUAGAGAGGUGAGAAAAAUGUCUGUAGCACCUACCGGUCAUCUUAAUCAUGAUGAGUCUCCAUCGAGGGGAUCUCGAAGCGUGGACUGUUUCGAGAAAUUGGAGCAGAUUGGUGAAGGAACAUAUGGUCAAGUAUACAUGGCAAGAGAAAUCAAAACCGGGGAAAUUGUUGCUUUGAAAAAGAUUCGGAUGGACAAUGAAAGAGAAGGGUUCCCUAUAACUGCUAUACGUGAAAUUAAAAUCCUAAAGAAGUUGCAGCAUGAAAAUGUAAUUAAGCUGAAGGAGAUUGUCACCUCCCAAGGUCACGAAAGGGAUGAGCAGGGGAAACAAGGUACUACAGAUGGUAACAAGUAUAAAGGUAGCAUCUACAUGGUUUUUGAAUACAUGGACCAUGAUUUAACAGGUCUUGCAGAUCGUCCUGGGAUGAGAUUUUCGAUUCCCCAGAUCAAGUGCUAUAUGAGGCAGUUAUUGACAGGGCUUCACUAUUGUCAUGUCAAUCAAGUACUUCAUCGUGAUAUCAAAGGCUCAAAUCUUCUAAUAGAUAAUGAAGGUAAUUUGAAGCUUGCAGAUUUUGGCCUUGCUCGUUCUUUCUCCAAUGACCACAAUGGUAACCUUACAAAUCGCGUUAUCACUUUGUGGUACAGACCCCCAGAAUUGCUUCUUGGAACCACAAAAUAUGGUCCUGCUGUUGACAUGUGGUCUGUUGGUUGUAUCUUUGCGGAGCUUCUGCAGGGAAAGCCCAUCUUAACUGGGAAAAAUGAGCCAGAGCAAUUGAACAAGAUCUUUGAACUCUGUGGAGCUCCUGAUGAAGUCAACUGGCCUGGUGUUUCCAAGAUUCCUUGGUAUAACAAUUUCAAGCCAACAAGGCCUAUGAAGAGACGUCUUCGAGAGGUUUUUAAACAGUUUGACCACUAUGCUCUGGAGUUACUGGAGAGAAUGCUAACUCUUGACCCAUCUCAGAGGAUAUCUGCCAAGGAUGCACUUGAUGCCGAGUAUUUCUGGAAUGAUCCCUUACCUUGCGAUCCCAAGAGUUUACCUAAAUAUGAAUCAUCCCAUGAGUUUCAGACAAAGAAGAAGCGCCAACAACAGAGACAAAAUGAAGAAUUGGCAAAGCGGCAGAAACUGCAGCACCCUCAACCACAUGCACGCCUGCCUCCUGUCCAACAUACUGGGCAAGCACAUCCUCAGCUUCGGUCAGGACCAAACCAGCCCAUGCAUAACUCCCAGUCCCAGCAUCCAGUGGUUGCAGGGCCAAGCCACCAUUAUGGUAAACCCCGUGGACCUUCUGGGCCAAACAGAUACCCUCCAAGUGGAAACUCAGGUGGGGGAUACAACCCUGGUCAUGGAGGUUAUAGUGGUGGGCCAUAUCCACAGCAUGGGCGGGGACCUCCUCCAUAUGCUGCGGGUGCUAUGCCUGGUACAGGUCCCCGAGCAACUGGCAAUGCUUAUGUAGUUGGUGCUCCAAAUUACUCCCAGGGUGGUGGUCCAUAUGGAGGUUCAGGUGGUGGUCGAGGCACAAACAUGAUGGGUAGUAAUCGAAAUUCACAGUAUGGUUGGCAGCAGUAAUGAUAAACUGUGAUACUU